GUGAUCGCUCGACUUCUCGGUUGCCGUUGCCCUUUCUCUAUCGAAAAAAUGGCGAAUCGUGGCGGUACAUCUAGACGCGUUCCUGAAAAUGAAGCUGCUAUUACAUAUGUGCAGUGUGAUGGAUUGGCGGUGAUGAAAAUAGUGAAACAUUGCCACGAGGAGUCAUGUAGCAACAUGGAGGUGGCCCAAGGGGCCUUAUUGGGGCUAGUUGUGGAGAAUAGACUGGAGAUCACGAACUGCUUCCCGUUCCCCAAGCAUGAUGAUACAAUGGAUGAGGAAGAAUACCAGCUGGAUAUGAUGCGCAGACUCCGCAGGGUCAAUGUUGAUCACUUUCAUGUUGGCUGGUACCAAAGUGCCGAUGUUGGCAAUUUUCUGAGCCAGUCUCUAUUAGAGUCACAAUAUCAUUAUCAGACUUCGAUUGAAGAGAGUGUUGUAGUCAUAUAUGACACAAAGAAAUCAGCGAGGGGAUUCUUAACACUGAAGGCAUAUAGAUUAACUCCUCAGGCAAUAGCUAUGUACAAAGAUGGUGACUAUACUCCAGAUGCUCUACGCAACUUGAAGAUUGGCUAUGAAAGCUUGUUCAUUGAAGUGCCAAUUGUUAUUCGUAACUCACCGCUGACAAAUAUAAUGAUGUCGGAACUGUCAGAGAUGAUUCCAGAGGAGGAAGGCUCAAAGUUCUUGGACCUAGGCACUGCAUCAGUGCUUGAAGGACAACUUCGCAGUUUAAUGGAACGCGUCGAUGAAUUAAACCAAGAGGCAAUUAAGUUCAAUCGUUAUCAGCAAUUGGUUGUGCGACAACAGCAAGAUAAGCACAGGUGGCUGCUCAAGAGGGCUCAAGAGAACUCUGCUCGUGCUGCUAAAGACGAACCACCGCUACCUGAAGAAGAUGUUAACAAACUCUUCAAGCCUCAUCCGGUACCGCCAAGGCUGAACCCAAUGAUUGUCGCAGGACAGAUCAACACUUACAGUCAACAUAUAAGCCAGUUCUGUUCGCAAAGCUUGGCCAAGUUGUAUCUGACUCAAGCGCUGCAAAAUGCUAAAGAAGCUAAGCAGAACAAUUAGUAUUGUUUUUGGCAAUUAAAAUAAUUGAGCAAUG